AUUUACGUUUGGCGUUUAUUUUCUCAACCCUGGUUUUAAGUUUUAGAAAUUCCUGGACGUGUUUCUUUUUUUAAAUGAUUUAGUUAUAUUUCAAAAUCAUUCUAAAAAGAUAUCGCUUUCAGUGUUCUAUUUGGCGAAAAUGAAGACCGAAAACAAAACAUUACGUCACUACGAAUUGCUGCGCCGCAAAGCCUGAUGGGGGAACUUUGCAGUUUUGGAGACAUUUUGGAUUUAAAGGGGCUGGGCUAGGCGAAGGAUCUGGCUGUUGAUUUCCCUGACCACUACUACUAAAGAUGUCCACCAUGUUGUAUGCCCGGGAAGAAAAGCUCGAAAAGCUCUCUCAAGAGGAGAUCAUCUCUAACACCAAAUUGGUGAUCCAGGGUCUCGAAGCCCUCAAAAAUGAGCACAACUCCAUUCUCCACAGUCUUUUAGAGACCAUCAAGUGCCUAAAGAAGGAUGAAGAGGCCAACCUGGUGCACGAGAAGUCCAAUCUCCUGCGCAAGUCAGUGGAGAUGAUUGAGCUGGGACUUGGUGAAGCACAGGUGAUGAUGGCCCUGUCCAACCACCUAAACGCAGUGGAGUCUGAGAAGCAAAAGCUCCGUGCACAGGUUAGAAGGCUUUGUCAGGAAAACCAAUGGUUGCGGGAUGAGUUGGCCAACACCCAACAGAAGCUGCAAAAGAGCGAGCAGAGUGUCGCUCAGCUCGAGGAAGAGAAGAAACAUCUGGAAUUCAUGAACCAGCUCAAGAAAUAUGAUGAGGACAUCUCUCCCACUCAGGAGGAAAAGGACAGAGAAACACCAAAGGACUCUUUGGAUGAUCUCUUCCCCAAUGAUGAAGAAGAGCAUGGCCAAGGAAUGCAGCAUCAACACAACAGUGCAGCAGUGGCUGCAGCCCAGCAGGGAGGUUACGAGAUCCCAGCUCGCCUGAGAACACUACACAAUCUGGUGAUCCAGUAUGCUUCUCAGGGCAGGUACGAGGUCGCUGUGCCCCUCUGCAAGCAAGCAUUGGAGGACCUGGAGAAAACAUCUGGACAUGACCAUCCCGAUGUAGCUACUAUGCUUAACAUCCUGGCUUUGGUUUAUAGGGAUCAGAAUAAAUACAAAGAGGCUGCACAUCUUCUCAAUGAUGCUCUGUCCAUUCGAGAGAAAACCCUUGGCAAAGACCAUCCUGCUGUUGCUGCAACAUUGAACAACUUGGCUGUGCUAUAUGGAAAGAGGGGUAAAUACAAGGAGGCUGAGCCUCUGUGCAAGAGGGCUCUGGAGAUCAGAGAGAAGGUCCUGGGGAAAGACCAUCCAGAUGUGGCCAAACAGCUGAACAACUUGGCUCUACUGUGCCAGAAUCAAGGCAAGUACGAGGAGGUGGAGUACUACUACUGCCGUGCCCUGGAGAUCUAUGAAUGUAGGCUGGGCCCAGAUGAUCCUAAUGUGGCCAAAACCAAGAAUAACCUGGCUUCCUGUUUUCUCAAACAGGGAAAAUACAAGGAGGCUGAAAUUCUUUAUAAAGAGAUUCUGACUCGUGCCCACGAGAAAGAGUUUGGAUCUGUUGAUGCUGAAAACAAACCUAUCUGGAUGCAUGCUGAGGAAAGAGAGGAGAUGAGCAAGGGCAAGCACAGGGACAACACGCCUUAUGGAGAAUAUGGAGGCUGGUAUAAAGCCUGCAAAGUCAACAGCCCAACGGUAAACACCACACUGAGGAACCUGGGGGCCCUGUACCGUCGUCAGGGCAAGCUUGAAGCUGCUGAGACCCUGGAGGAAUGUACUGAGAGAUCCCGCAAGCAGGGCAUUGACCCCAUCCACCAGACACGCAUGGUGGAGAUCCUGAAGGACGCAGAUGGUGAUAGACGAAGGAGCAGGGAGAGCCUGAGCAGCGUUAAGUACGAGAGCGGCUCUGAAACUGGCGAGGAAGUGAGUAUGGGCGUGGAAUGGAACGGGGCCUAAACCAUCAAGAUUAUUCCUCCAUCCCUCUCUCCCUCCCUCAACCAAUAGCUAAAGGAUGUGUGUUGUCGGUCCUCUCCGGCCACCCCCCUCUCCAGCAGAGAAAGCCCCUCUUCCUCUCCCUCAGCUGUCACAUCAGUCCACUGUCCAACCGAGAGCUGCCGGGACGUUUGGUGUUCUCAUCUCCGUUCCUCCUGGUUUCCCGUCUCUCUCUGGCACUGUCCUAUCCUAUCCUUUAACUAACUCCAUGUUGGAAACUUUCAAUCUCUGAGCAUAACCGUGUGCUUGCGUGUGUGCAUGUCUAUAUGUGUGCGUGUCCAACGUUUGCCUCCCUCCAUUUUAUUUCCCUCUACCUUGCUUGUAUGAGAGCUACAUAAGCAUACGUAAGCUUAUAGUAAACUGAAAUUACACUGCAGGUCCAAGUACACAAUUCUAAGGCAAUGGCGAUUUCCAACUUUUUGGAUGUCCAUUUAAAGUGACGUAUUCUAUAUGGCUGCAUUAACACUAAAAAGACAAACAACCCAUAUGCGAUGACACCCAAAUAAAUGUUUUCACUGACAAUUUAAAACCUAAAAAGAAAAAAAACACAUUUAAAAAAAAAAUGUAAAAAAAAAAAAAAACAAGUUUGCUGAGAUGUAUCCAAUCUUUGUGAAUAUUCUUGUUCAUCCAGGUCAUUUCAUUCUCAGUUGGUGUGGAGUAAAAAAAACUAUCCUCCGAGUUGGCGUUGGCACACCCCAAAACGGUCCGAUCUGUGUGUUUAAACCGCACUUCCAAUGGCACUUCAAAACAUGUCGUGUUUUUGAUCCACAUUUGGAGGAGGGUUGAUUCCGUUUUGAUUCCAUGCUUUUUUUUUUUUACUUUGCUCUGUUUAUUUUUUUCUGAAAUUACGCAUUUCUGGAUUGUGCCAAUUGAGAGCUAAACAAAUCAAAAUUGUAACUUGAAACCUGCAGUGUGAAUCCAGCCUUAUUUUACCGGGAUCCUGUCCCUCGAUUCUAAAAUCAGUAGCUUCUGCAGGUGCAGCUCAAUAAAUUAGAAUAUGGUAAAAAGGUUCAUUUAUUUUAGUACAUUAUAUUAGAUAUGUAAAAGCAUCGGGGCAAAUCUGUGUCCAAUUUCUACAUUAAAAUUUUCAUUGCUUCUUGAUUUGUAAUAUUCUAGUUUCUUGAGAUGGGAAAUUUGGGGUUUUCAUGUUUGCUGUAAAUUAAUCAUGCCAAAUCUUAUUUAUAUUAAACAUGGAUCAAAAUAUUCAAGUAUUUGUGCAGUGUAUCUCAGUUUUACUUAUUCCAAUUGACCUACCUAACUAAAUCCAGAUUUUAAUACUUCUGAUUUAUUGAGAUGUACCUGUAAGUUACUUUGCACCACACAUCACCCACUUUUUUUUUAAGUUUUAAGUCAUCAAUUUCACCGCAGUAUUUUUUUUUAUAUACAGGUAUUUUUUGUUUAAUGUUGUGAACUAAUCUAUAGGUCAAAAGCCGAAAGACUUAUGGUACAACUUCAUGGUUAUACUAAAAAUGUCUGAGUGAAUGAGAAGAAAGAAGGGAGCCAUUUUUUUUUCUGUUACAGUCCAUACAGCCCCCUCCAAAAGUAUUAGAAUGACAAAGUCAGUUCCUUUAUUUUUGUUGUAUACCGAAGACAUUUGGGUUUCAAAUCAAAAGAUGAACAUGAAACAGAAGUUAAGAAUUACAGCAUUUAUUUCAUUGUAUUUGCUAUUGGUAGCAGACUCCGUUAUCAAUAGAAAAUAUCCCAGUAGUCGUUAGAUGCAUCGGUUGUAGGGCUGUGCACCUGAUAUCGUGAGGCUAGGAAUCGGUUGGCAGUUUUCAUACUUUAAAACAAAUGCAACAGCUCUCACACUCUGUGUCAUCAAUGCAACAUUGUUUACAGCCAGACAGCAUUGCUGGAUACAAAUUACAUUACGUGUUUAACUACCAAAUUUUCCAGGUGACAGCGCGGACCCGAUACGACACAGUUUGGUAAAUGUUUAUUUACAUACCUUGUUUCCGAAAAGUGACAAUAACACAGCAGUAAAACACCUCAAACAUAACCAAAAAGUUACUGUUUUUAUUUAUCGUCCUCCUGUUCACUAAUACCACUAAAGUCAUCGUCUUCAGUAUCGGCGUUGAAGAGCCUCCGAAAGUCUCCAUCACAGACCAUUUCAGUCUGUCUGUUGCUCUCAAUGUCAUUUUCAUUUUUAGUUUCUGCUGAACUUCUUUUCUCCUCAGAUAGGGUAAUACCACAGAUUCUUUGACGUUGCUGCACGUUUCAAAAGCCUUCCCAUUUGGAUAAUUUUUAUGAAAGAUUUUCAAUUAAUUAAAUUAAAAACAGGUUUUGUGUUUGUACGUGUACGCUACGUACUGCUCUGAGGGCGCCAAAACAAGCGCCCCCAUCUACACAUGCUAGAGAUAGUUUCGUCUUCUACACACAAUUGAGGUGGAUUCUUCUAUGUCCACUUAAAAGUAGUCAUCUUCUACACAUUGGAGGAAUCUGUGCAUGCCCAAAACCGAUUGCAUCAUAGGGAAUGGCAAUGUUUUAAGGAUUUUGUUCAAGCAAGCUUUUUGUUGUACAUUUAAACUCAUAACCGCUAGUGACCAAAAAAUAAAAUGAAAAAAAUAGCCACAUUGUUAAAUAUGUCGCAGGGUUCACACCACAUGAAAAAAUUUGUGACUAGUCUAAAAUUCAUUUCUCCGUAACGUCAGUAUAUCAACAUCAAACAUUUUUUCACUUAAGGUACUUUUGUGGUCACAGCGAUAGCAAAAUAACGUUCCCCCCAAGAGUUGUAAACAUGGAAAACGUUACAUUACCUACCUUAUCUGAAAUCCCCUGACGAUACUGGAGCUGGCGGUGAAAUGUGUGCAACAAUACGGCAAAGAGGUAUUUUUCUGCAAUUUCCUUUGGCUGUAACUAACCGACUAAUCCUGAGUCGUUUAACAUAUCUAGAUGGAAAUACCAUGAAAUAAUAGUUGGAAUUCUGAACGUUUGUUUCACAUUUAUCUUUUAAUUUGAAACCAUUUGUCUUCACCAUUGUAUACAACAAAAACAAAGGAAUUGACCUUGCUGGAUCAAUAAUUUUGUAGGGGACUUUAGACUUGGGGGGGUGGUAAUUUUGUAUAAUAUGUUUACAUUUUUAUGCACAUUUUUUGGGGGCUGACUAUUAACGCAGUGCUUUUUAAGCAAUUUACAGAAUUGUCUGUAUGCAAUUCUGAGGGCGGACUGUCAGAUCACAUCUAGCUGUUGCCAUGGUGGUUACUUAUUCCUGUCAUCAUUGUCCUUGUUCCUUGCAUUCAUUUAUUUUUUUUCAUUUGUGGUAGUUUCAUAUGCAAGGUUGCAUUUGCAGAUGCAGGAAAAAGCUGCAUGAUUUUAUGUCAGCAGCGACUGAUUAGAGAUGAGAAUCAGAUUUCAAGGUCUUAUCCAAGAAAUAUUGCCUUUUCUUAUUAUUGAAGCAGAAGCCGUGACUGGGAGUAGCAUUUGACCAGUGUAUUUGCAUGUACAGUCACAUCAAUUUGGUGAAACAUGAGGUCGUCUCCCCCCCAUCUCAGCAGCCACUACAAUUAGUUCACGUUUCACUAAGUGACUGUGCAAUGACUUUUAACUCCUUGAAAGUGUCGUCGUUGGCUGUGCUUGUGGUAAUCUCUGGCUUCAGUCUUCUACAUCCCUUGAUUCUUCAUUCCAUUUGGCUAUUCCUGUACUACUUCUCUCAGCUAUAGAAUUGAUCAUGUGCAUCACAUAAAGUAUCAAUAAUGUUGUGUUAGUGGAAUGCUUAUUUAUUGAACUGUCUACUCUUGAUAUAUAUCUAUAGCGUGAUUUCAUUUCUCCAAAGUGGAAAAACAUUACAUUAGGUCUAGUAGUACUAGUAGUAGAACUGCAUCAUAUUUACCAAUUUGCAUUGUGAUGAUAGUUGCAUCAGCACUUGUUGGUAUCGCAAAUAAAGUUUUUUCAUUUG